AUGUUUGGUACGAAAUUGCGCCGAUUGCCAUUGUCAUUCAGUCCAGUUAUUCGUCAACAAACAAAUAUUGCAAGUGAUUUUAAAAAUCAUAAUCAAGAUGAACAAACGAAAAAAAUAACGAAUGAAAAUGGGAAUGGAAAUGGAACUAAUCGAUGUAUACCACCAACUGAAAAGACAAUUCGUGAUAAACAUUUAGCUAAUAUAACGGUUACUUCCUUUUAUUCUCAAACAGCUGUUGAAGAACUUGCAAGAAAGCAAUCAACUCGACUUACACCAUUGACAAUGAUGUAUAUUGGAAAAACUAAAGACAGUAGCCAUCUUUUACGAUCAGCUCAAUAUCUUCAUAAGGAUUUACCUAUUCGUUUUGCACAUCGAAUUGAUGAUUUUCGAAAUUUACCAUUUAUCGUUGCUUGCAAUCCGCUUUUAUUAGAAUUGCAUGAACGAUUUAUUAAAAUCUUUCAUACAUUAAAUUCAUUUCCAUCAAUUAAAACACUUGAACAAGAAAAGGCUUAUACUGAAUUACUUCAAAAUACGCUUACUUGUAGUUCCGAUACAUUACCUUUAUUAGCAGAAGGUUUUCGUGAAUCAAAACGACAUAUCAAACAAGAAACAUUUGUACGUAAUUUUCUUGAUCGUGCUCUAACUUCUCGAUUGGCUAUUAAAAUGUUAAUUGAACAUCAUAUUGAAUUACGAAAUGAUAGAGAAAAUUAUAUUGGUGCUAUUUGUAUGAGUUUUUCACCGAAAAAACUUAUUCAAUCAUCUGCUGAAUAUGUCAAAAAAGUAUGCCGUGCUGAAUAUGGUGUUGCACCGGAUGUUAAAAUCGAUGGUCAUGUGCAUAGCUCAUUUCCAUAUAUAACAACACCACUCAAUUAUAUCAUACCAGAAAUGUUGAAAAAUGCAUUUAGAGCUACGGUUGAACAUCAUAGAUAUUCUGAUCUCGGUUUACCAAGUGUUACUGUUACAAUUGCUGUUAAUGAGGAUGAACUUGUUCUACGAAUAAAAGAUCGUGGAGGUGGUAUGCCACGAGCAUUACUUGAUAAAAUAUUUGAUUAUCAUUUUUCAUCAAAUCAUUUAUCACAUGAUCCUUCUUUACUUUCAUAUACUGAUUUUGAUAAUCAUUUUCAUGAUCAACUUGUUACAACAGAUAAUACAAAUCGAAUGAGCGGAUACGGUUUUGGUGUGCCAACAUCCCGUGCCUAUUGUGAAUAUUUAAAUGGUUCAUUAACAAUUGAAACAAUGCAUGGUCUUGGUAGUGAUGUUUAUGUACGUGUUGGAUUAUUAACAUCAGAAAAUCGUGUUGUACGUUUGUAA